GGGGAAUAAAGAAUAAAGGCCAGCAAUGGCGGAAGUGUUUUUGCACCCAGGUUCCUCUUUCACGGAUCCCUUUCAAGGGGAUUUGUUGGCCUAUUUUCUCCCGGAGUCGUGCUACGCUGCCUUUUUCCUGCAGUUCAACUUCUUGGACGGAACGUGUUUUAAAACGAUCCUAAGCAAAGUUGUGGGGACCGCCAUCAUCUUGGGAUCAGUGAUGGUCAAGUUACCUCAGAUCGUGAAGGUGAUUGGAGCAAAAAGCGCCGAGGGUCUGAGCUUCCCGUCUGUUCUGGUGGAGCUGCUGGCCAUCACAGGAAGCAUCGCCUACAGCGUCGCUAACCGCUUCCCCUUCAGCGCUUGGGGCGAGGCGCUCUUCGUCAUGCUGCAGACGGUCAUCAUCGGCUUCCUCAUUCAGCGCUACGCAGGAAGAACGGCCAGAGGUGUAGUUUUUCUGUUGGUGUAUUUGGGGUUGUUGUUCCUGCUGUUGUCUCCGGUCACGCCUUCGUCCGUGGUGACCACCAUGCAAGCCUCCAACAUGCCGGCCGUCAUCGUCAGCAGGGUCAUCCAAGGGGUGGCUAACUUCCGGAACGGACACACGGGCCAGUUGUCCGCCUUGACCGUCUUCAUCUUGUUUGCUGGAUCGCUAGCUCGCGUCUUCACAUCCGUGCAGGAAACGGGAGACACGCUGCUGGUGGUCACCUACCUGGUAUCGGUGGCCUGCAACGGGACCAUAGUCCUGCAGGUGGUCUACUACUGGAAAGCAACCAAAGUGAUGCUGAAACAAAGACCUGAACCAGAAGCAACAUGAAACCAUCGGACACUAAAUUGCUGCCAAAACUAAUCAGAUAUUAAUAUUUACAAUACAUACAUAUUUCACAUGUCAAUCAUUUCAUUUUUAGGAAUAACUCUGAUUUGCACCAUCUGCACGCGGAACUAUUGGUUUGUAUGCAGGCCUCACAGCGCGGAGACCCGAGUUCAAUUCCACCCUGGGCCAUCUCUGUGUGGAGUUUGCAUCUUCUUUUCUCCGGGUAGCUAGCUAGCUAGCUAGCUGGCGCCAGAGAGACAAUGGAGCCGGGCAAAAUGAGUAAACAAAGAUGGGAGAAUAGCGGAGCUUCAGUGUACAUCAAACGUGAAGUUGAAUAACGUCAGCGUAAAGAUCCCAGCGUAUCACAGCUCCUGGUAUGAAUAAAUCCACCAAGAACAAGACAAAUGUGUCUUCCUCCAGUCAAAAGAUAAAAGAUCAAGUUUGGUUGACUGACGCUUGACUGACAGCCCGGCCACAAAAAGGUCACAUGAGCUUUGGUCGCCCUCUGCUGGUGAAACCAGGAACAGCCUCCGGAUGGCUGGAAUGAUCCAAUAAUGCCAUGUUCAUCAAAUAUGACCAAAU